AUGAUUGAGUUAGGCUUAAGUCGCGUUUCGCGUCUUCUCCAACAGACCCCGCUUACCUGGAAAGCCAUCCACAUUGCGGGGACCAACGGCAAAGGCUCGAUCAGCGCCUACCUCUCCCACCUUCUUGCAACUGAUGGUGUCCGCUGCGGCCGUUUUACCUCCCCACACCUGAUCGACCGGUGGGAUUGCAUCACCAUUGACGAACGAGUCGUGCAAGAAUCCCUAUUCCGGCAAAUCGAGGACCAGGUCAAACUACGAGACCAAACGUUGGGCAUUGGAGCAUCCGAAUUCGAGCUCUUGACUGCUACGGCAUUUGAGAUCUUCAACCAUGAAAAUGUUGAAGUCGGAGUUGUCGAGGUGGGCAUGGGUGGCCGCUUAGAUGCGACGAAUAUACUGGGCAACGUGCUGGUCUCGGUUAUUGCCAAAAUUGGAAUGGACCAUCAGGCGUUCUUGGGCUCAACCAUUGAGGAGAUCGCCCGAGAAAAAGCUGGAAUUUUGAAAUCAGAAGUCCCUUGCGUGAUUGACAACACCAACGAGCCAGCGGUGCUAGGAGCCUUGUCGACGCGUAUUCAAGAACUUGGUAUCGAGGCAACAUUUGUCUCCCCAGACAAGGUAGAGGCGCAACUCCCACCGCUUGCACAGCUUUUCCAGAAGCUAGAUCUAGAACCCCACCAACAAGAAAACAUGUGCUGUGCGGUAACAGCAUUGCGCAUUGCUUUAUCUAAGAUCCGCCCUGAAGAAAAUGCGUUUUCCCUUCUUCCACAUCUCGCCAACGUGAGGUGGCCUGGUCGGUUGGAAAACAUCAGUCUGAAUAGUCUUGUUGGUCGUGAAGAACCCGCUCUCCUUGACGGUGCUCAUAAUCCUCAGUCUGCUGAUGUUCUGGGGAAAUAUGUUGACCGUAAGCUACGACCCCAAUCUGGAAACGUGACAUGGGUGGUUGCGGCUUCCAGUGGGAAGGACCUGGCUGGAGUCUUUCGCUCCAUCAUUCGGCCUGGAGAUAAUGUUGCAACCGCCGAAUUUGGGCCCGUGGAUGGAAUGCCCUGGGUCACACCAACCAAUGCUGAGGAACUUGGAUCAGCUAUUCGAUCUAUUCCUGCCAUUGGCCAGGUGAAUACCUUCGAAGGUGAUCUCAUCCCCGCAAUCAAAUGGGCCAGCGAUGUUUCUCAAGGUGGACCACUAGUUAUUGCAGGCAGCUUGUACUUGAUUUCCGAUGUGCAUCGGUUGCUCCGGGAGGCACAAAAAUGA